AUGGUCGCCGAGGACCUGCACAGCCUAACACAGCAUGCCAGGGGCCUGGUGGAGGCUGGCCUUGUCUUCGCCGUCCACGACGUGAAGGGACAGACUCGGCACGCAAGGAUCAGCCUUGAAGACGGCAGCCUUUACCUCCACUCCCUGCAGGCCCAGGCCCUGCCGAACCUCACCGCCACCCUGCAGGCCCACACUCCCUGCCCACACUCCCUGCCCACACUCCUUCCCUCACCUGGUCCACCACACCCUGCCCCUCCGCCACCCACUGUCCCUCCCUCCCUCCCUGCAGGCCCACACUCCCUGCCCUGCCCCUCUGCCAGGCACUGUCCCUCCCUCCCUCCCGCCCUCCCUCCCUGCAGGCCCACACUGCCCGCCCUGUCCCUCCGCCACCCACUGUCCCUCCCUCCCUCCCUCCCUCCCUGCAGGCCCACACUGCCCGCCCUGUCCCUCCGCCAGGCACUGUCCCUCCCUCCCUCCCUGCAGGCCCACACUGCCCGCCCUGACCCUCCGCCAGGCACUGUCCCUCCCUCCCUCCCUGCAGGCCCACACUGCCCGCCCUGUCCCUCCGCCAGGCACUGUCCCUCCCUCCCUCCCUGCAGGCCCACACUGCCCGCCCUGUCCCUCCGCCAGGCACUGUCCCUCCCUCCCUCCCUGCAGGCCCACACUGCCCGCCCUGUCCCUCCGCCAGGCACUGUCCCUCCCUCCCUCCCUCCCUGCAGGCCCACACUGCCCGCCCUGACCCUCCGCCAGGCACUGUCCCUCCCUCCCUCCCUGCAGGCCCACACUGCCCGCCCUGUCCCUCCGCCAGGCACUGUCCCUCCCUCCCUCCCUGCAGGCCCACACUGCCCGCCCUGUCCCUCCGCCAGGCACUGUCCCUCCCUCCCUCCCUGCAGGCCCACACUGCCCGCCCUGACCCUCCGCCAGAUGGUGAUAAUGAUGGUGACCACGACAGCCAUGGUGACGAUGACACUAAUAGUUAUGACAGUAAUAAGAACACUAUCAAUACUCAUAAACAUUUAA